AUGAAAAUAAUCGUUUUAUUUUUUAUUUUGCAAGCUUAUUCAACAAUAGGUCAGAAGAUUAACGUCCAAGAAUUAAAAUGUUUAGUUUGCAAACAAACUGUGGAGGAGUUAAGCAACGCUGUGAACGCUUUGGACCCCUCGAAAAAAGUUGAUGUUGGGGGGUACAGAUUGGAUGGUGAGGGAAAUUUCAAACACAAAACUAUUUCGCAGAAAAAAUCCGAGUUAAAAUUAUCCGAGUUAGUUGAACAAGUGUGUGAAAAAAUGGAUGAUUAUGUCAGGGCUUUCGACAAAACCACCGAAGAAUUACUUUUGUUCAAGUUAAUGACGAAUGAUGGCAAAAUGAAUCCUAAAAUGUCUGAAGUUGAUAUCGUGCAAGAUGAUGACUUAAAUAAAAGUUUAAAGUAUAAUUGUGAAGUGCUUGUAGAAGAGCAUGAAGAAGAAAUAAUUCAGUUGUAUAAACAGGAACACCAAAACAUUGAGAACGAAGUCUGUGUUAGUUUAACGAAUCUUUGCCCGAAAAAUAACGAAGAAUUGUAA